AUGGCUUUCAUCCAAGACAAGACUUGGUUGGCAAGGUACUGGUUGAUUUUGUUACCUUUGGGUACGUUGUUUUUCCUUUCUUUUGCGCCAUCGAGAGGUGGUAGCGGAACCCUUAGAAGACCUUCUUGUCGGAAGAUUGAACCAUUGAAACCUGUAUUUGAUGGUUCCGUUCAUGAAAUUCUACAUGACAAAUCGUAUAAGCAACAGUCAAUUAAAAGGCUGUCAGAAGCGGUUCAGAUUAAGACAGAUGUAGGUGAUUAUAUUCCGGAUCCCGAAGAAUCUCUUGAGCCAUGGUUGGCUUUCAUCGACUUUCACAAAUAUUUGGAAAAGACGUUCCCGCUUGUUCAUGAACACCUACAGUUGGAGAAGGUCAAUCAGCUUGGGUUACUGUACACAUGGAAGGGUACAAAUGAGACGCUAAAGCCGGCAAUGUUCAUGGCGCACCAAGAUGUGGUACCUGUGAAUGAAGACACUAUUGAUCAAUGGAAAUAUGCACCAUUUUCAGGGUACUACGAAAGUAGCACAGAUCUGUUAUGGGGCCGUGGCUCUAACGAUUGUAAAAAUUUGCUAUUAUCAGAAUUUGAAGCCAUUGAGAAACUCUUGGAAGAUGGAUAUGCUACUGAACGAACAAUUUUGCUGGCAAUUGGCUUUGACGAGGAGUCUGGUGGCAAAAUGGGUUCUGGAAGAAUGGCUCCCAUUCUGGAUGAACGGUAUGGUCGUAACGGAGUCCUCAUCAUUAUUGAUGAGGGGGAAGGUAUCGUCGAGGUUGAGGACGGGCUGUACAUUGCCACCCCAAUCCCAAAUGAAAAAGGGACUGUCACUCUUGAGUUACACGUGGUUGGGAAAGGUGGACACUCUUCAGCACCACCAGAUCAUACUACUAUCGGUGUUGCCGCUCAACUGGUGAAUAAGCUCGAAGAUAACCCAUUUCCUUUCCAAUUUAAACCAGACAAUCCCAUAUUUGGUUUAUUGACGUGCACUGCUGAACAUUCGACUACUAUUAACCCUAAAUUGAAAGAAGCUAUCUUGAAUGCUGGGACGAGUAGCGCUGCAAAUGAAGCGUUAAGUGCACUUCUCGGUCGCAGUAAAGGAUGGCGUGACACUAUCAGAACCACACAAGCUAUUGACAUUAUCAAUGGUGGUACAAAGAUUAAUGCUCUGCCAGAAACUGUUAGAGUCAUUACUAACUACAGGAUUGAUAUGCAUGACUCUGUCGAGGCAACCGUUCAAAGUGCUAUUGACAUUACUGAAAGUGUUGCUCUUAAGCAGAACUAUGGUGUUUUAUUCAAUGGCACAUACUUGUUGCCACCCACCGAGAACGGGUAUAUCGAAGUGAUUCAAUACAUUCCUAUGAAAAAACCUCUACAGCCGUCUCCGGUCUCACCAAGUGAUGGUCCUUUAUGGGAUGUUUUGGCUGGUACCAUCCAAAACUUGUUUGAAAAUGAUAUGUUUCCAGGCGAAAAUAAAGAGUUAUACGUCACUACUGGUGUCUUCCCGGGGAAUACAGACACGAAGCACUAUUGGAACCUCAGCGAUAACAUAUACAGAUUUGUUGGGUCUACCUCCAAAGGUAGUCUUCUGAGUAACGUCCAUUCCGUCAAUGAAAACAUGAACAUGAAAUCGCACUUAUCAGCGAUUGCGUUUGUAUAUGAGUUUAUUAUCAAUGUGAGCUCGUUUCACGAUGAGUAA